AUUACUUUUAGACGGGGAUUUAGGAGGGCAGCUCAUAUCCGUGGCUAAGGUCCUGACCCUCUAGUGUCAUUGGCGAAUGACCGAACAUGUCACACAGCAGGUUGUUUGCCAGGCUGCUUUUGCAGCAAAGUGGUGUCAGGCACUGUUAUACGGGAUCAAGACCGAACCUCUACAUCAGCAAGAAUACCAAGGUCAUCUGUCAGGGCUUCACAGGAAAGCAGGGGACAUUUCACAGUCAACAGUCCCUGGACUAUGGAUCCCAGUUAGUUGGAGGCGUGUCCCCUGGCAAGGGGGGUAAGACUCAUCUCGGCCUGCCUGUGUUCAACUCUGUCAAGGAGGCGAAGGAAGGCACGGGGGCCGAUGCCACGGUGAUUUAUGUGCCCCCGCCCUUUGCGGCAGCCGCCAUCAUAGAGGCCAUCGACGCAGAGAUCCCCCUGGUGGUGUGCAUAACCGAGGGCAUCCCCCAGCAGGACAUGGUGAAAGUGAAGCACAAGCUCCUUCGCCAGGGUACCACACGCCUCGUCGGCCCCAACUGCCCCGGAGUUAUUAACCCUGGUGAGUGCAAGAUUGGCAUCAUGCCUGGACACAUUCACAAACAGGGAAGGAUUGGCAUUGUGUCGAGAUCAGGAACGCUGACAUACGAGGCCGUGCACCAAACUACGCAAGUGGGCCUCGGACAGUCCCUCUGUGUUGGCAUCGGCGGGGAUCCCUUCAACGGUACAAACUUCAUCGAUUGCCUGGAGGUGUUCCUGCAGGAUCCCAAGACGGAGGGCAUCAUCCUGAUCGGGGAGAUUGGAGGCAACGCGGAGGAGAACGCGGCGGAGUACCUUAAACAGCACAACACCGGUGCUAACGCUAAGCCUGUGGUGUCCUUCAUCGCGGGGCUAACUGCACCUCCCGGGCGAAGGAUGGGUCACGCAGGUGCCAUCAUUGCCGGAGGAAAAGGAGGCGCCAAAGAGAAAAUUGCAGCUCUGCAGUCAGCCAGAGUGGUCGUCAGCAUGUCCCCUGCCCAGCUCGGCAGCACUAUGUUCAAGGAGUUUGAGAAGAGGAAGAUGUUGUAAGCCAUCUGAGAAGACACCCCGGCCUGGUUCUGGAAGAGGACGUGCCCCCAUUCUUUCUCCAACCCUGAUCAUCUCGCGUUCACGUCGUACUUCUCGCACAUGAUGAAAUAAUAAAGUGUCUUGCUGGUGUAUCGUCGGGAGCUCAUGUAAGAACCUCCUUUCCCUCACUUAAUACCAGACGCUGUAUGGAGAUCGGCAUGGCAACCGUUGAUGUUGUGUUUCUUAUACACCUUGUAAGAUGUAUCCCGUCGCUCGUGUCUGAAUAACAAAUAUUCAACAUAACAGUCGCCUGCUUUCUUGCUGUUCUUCUGCAUCUUCAGUGAACCACAUGCCAUCCACUUACUAAUGGGUUCUUUUUCCCCUGGGUUUGGACUUUCUACCCACUCAAAGAACCUCGGGACAACAUAGUGUUUUCAAAGUGAAGAUGCGGGGCCUUUUCUCUUCACCCGGAAACUAUUACUUCACUUUUUCCACAUUAUAUGUUACAGCCGUAAAACCACUUUUGUCCUCAUAAUUCGACACACAAUACCCCGUAAUGACAAAGUGAACACGUUUUUGUUGGUGACUUUUGCAAAUGUGUUAUUAGUACAAAACUAAGAAAUCACAUGUACAUAAGUACCCGGACUAUAGAGCACACCGGUAUAUAAGGCACACCCACUCAUUUUUUGUAGAAGAAAAAUAUUUUAGCCUUACUGUACUAUAAGCUGCAGCUAUAUACUUUGUGAAAUUAGUUAUUUACACUAAGAUUUUGUAAAUUUUUACUUACGUGACAGUUUUUUUUUAAAUGGGGUCUGUAUCCUGGCAGUAAAACUGCUAAUCAAGCAAAACAGAAGUCAUUUUUCCA